AUGUCAUCUGUCUUACCUGAACCAAUCAGGUGUGCUGUUUGUUUGUGUGACUUCACCGAUCCGCAGAUUCUGCCGUGCGAACAUUCCUUCUGCAAGAUGUGUAUCCUGGGUCACAUGCAAGCAUGGUGGUGCACCGGAACCUUUUGUCCUGAGUGCAGGCAGCAGUUCACCGAAGCCGACCUACGACCCAACACGCACCUGAGAGACAUCCAAGUUCAUCUAAAGGAAGAGACCAGCACAGCGGAUCGAGGCCAUCAUGACAAGGCUGGAUUUUGUAUGGAACAUGAUGAGAAACUGAAGCUGUUUUGUGAGACAGACCAGACUCUAGUUUGUGUGAUCUGUAGAGAUGGAGAUAAACACAAAGGACACAAGUUUAAACCUGUCAUUGAAAUAGAGAAGAUUAAAAAGGAGGAAGUGAGGACAGCGCUUGAAAUUCUGACAUUAGAAGGCAAAAUACUGAGUGAUCUAGCAGAUGAGCAACGUGCAGAGAUCCAAAAAUCCAAGACAAAAGCAGACUUCCUGUCAGCCCAGAUCUCUGCUCAGUUUGAAGAGAUGCACCAGUUUCUGAGACAAAAGGAGGAAGAGUUAAAAAAGAAGCUGAAAAUGGAGGAAAAAAGAAAUCUUCAACCUAUGGAGGAACGGAUAGCCAUGAUUGAGACGUUACUGCGGGAAGAGGAUAGAAAAUUAAACAUUUUAAAAAGUGCACUGGGCAUUCCCCAACCUGAAAUGUUCAUACAGUGGUGGAAUGACAAAGGUCUUCAUGUUAUGGAAAGUGUCCAGAAAAAGGCAUGGUAA